GCAUGGAGGUGGGCAGUGAGGAGCCGUGCUGCUCGAGCGCUUCUACGUCUUCUGGGGCCUCCUCUGGGGUCUCGGUGUCCAAGGAGCUGCUGUCGGUGGGCAGCGAAGGCCGAGGAGGUUUAUGGGACAAGUUGCUUAUCAAUUCUAAGCCUGAUCCUAAAAAGACCUCCACUCUUCAAACAUUUCGCAUCCAGAGGAGUCCUUUAUUGGACCAAGUCCAGACCUUUCUCCCACAGAUGGCUGAGGCAAAUGAAAAACUAAGAAGAGAAAUGGCAAUUGCUCCACCAGAUAGUUUUAAUAUUGAAAAUACUGAUGGAAAUCCUGGAAAAGUUAUACAGAUGGACGUGGCCUUGAUUGAGAUGAAUCAGUCAGAUUCAAAAGAAGAGGACAGUUCCACCGAGAGUUCACAGGACAGCUCAGAGGACAGUUCAGACUCUGACGAUGAAGUCACCAUAGAAAACAUUAAGCUCCCCAAUUCGGAUGCAGGCAAAGGCAAGAUUGAAGUUUUGGAUGGUCCACCACAUAAAAAAAAGAAACAGUGAAAUAAAUGUGAAAAGAAACUGUUGAGAGAUAUACGUACUAAUUCCAAAAGAUUGUGGUUCACUGUUCUCCAGAUACUUAGAUGUCCUUGAGUAUUCAAAGAAAAGUAAGUUUAGUUGAUUUGAGCAGAUUACAAUUCAUGAAUCUGGAGCACUCAAAUGGAAAGUGUUCCAGGCUUGACACAGGUGAGGCCUGUGUGUCUGAAAAUGAAAUACCUUGACUGAUUGCAUUGGGCAUUAGUCUUAUAUAAACAUUUGAACAUGGGCUGACGGGUUUGUGGCUUGUGACUAGAUGAAACUCAGCUGUUGUUGUAAUUAAAUUAUGUGUUAAAAAAGAAACAAUAAAUUAAUCCCAAAAUGUUUAAGCAGUGAA